ACCAAAAGCUUAUCUUUUGAAAAUGUCUUCUGCGACAACGUACCCCACCCUGUCUCUCUUUUAUCUAUUACAAGAGCGGUCCGAAGAGUAAUCAAUUUGCCUCUGGGCUCUGACCCAUCUUUUAUCCUCAGCUAAUUCAGUCCUUAUAAUUUAAAUUCCAUUGCUUCACCUUCUCUUUCUCCCAUUCUGUGACUUAUCUCUUUCUCAUUAUCUCUCUCUUUUAUUCUCUGCUGUAUUGGGUCACCAAUUAUGGGUGGCUGUUUAAGCAGGAAAAAGGCUUCUCCUUUGAAUGCAGCUGGCCCGGUCUCCGUUGCAGCCAUGGAAGCUGUAGGUCCAGGCAAGUUGUGUGAGACUAGUUCUGUCAAAGGGGAACCUGAUUUUCAAAUCAAGGAAAAGCUAGUCGGGGAAGAGAAGGUGAAGAAACAAGUAGCGGCUGAAGAAGAAGCAGGUUUGGUGAAGAAGGAUGUUGUUAUGAUAAAACACAGGAAGAGCCAUGAUAGAGAGAAACCAUCUCCUCCUCCUCAGAAGGAUGUGGUCUUAGCAGACGAAAACAUGGUUGCUCCUGCUAUUCCGAGUUGUACAAGCGUUAACCCAAGUGCUGAUGUCAUUGAAAUGGGUAGUAAUGCGGUGGUGAGGACAUCAAGCUGCACAAAAGAGGAGCUGGAUGCUAUUCUCAUACAAUGUGGUAGGCUUAGCAGGAGCAAUUCCUCUGGAGCUGGAAAGGCUGCUUCUUCUGGCAGGAAGUACUCCGGUCGCAAGAGGAGUUACGACUUGGAUCACAAUGACCAAGACCAAGAUCUUGAGGUUGCUCCUGCUGCUAAUUAUGAUGCCAAAAAGAGAGGCAGUGAUUCGAAGUGCAACGAUGGUGACGAUGAUGAGACUAGCUCGGAGAGAAGGCAACAUCGCCAGCGCCAUCGCCAGCGCCAUUCGGGUAGGACUUCUCCUUCUCCUUCUUCACAAGGAAGGAGGAGGACACCCAGCAGGGAAAGAGAGCAGCGUUCUGGAAGUCGAGAGAGAGGAAGUGGUAGCAGUAGUAGCGGGAGACGAGUGAGUCAGUCACCGGGUAGAAGAUCAGAAACUACCCCAACUGCGAAUUCUACUGGUGCUAGGCCUGGAAAGAUGGUCUCAGUUCCUGCUACUGUUUCUUCCUUGACAAUGGAUAGAAGCAACAUUUGUGAGGAAUCACAAACGGCUACCGCCAUUAAACGAAUCUCUGUGAAGAAAAAUGUUGGAGACGCAGCCUUGGCGGCCUCAAGGGGUGCGGCAUCUCCCCGUUCUCAAUCCCCGGCGAGAGCAAGUGCUAAGGGUUCCAACGAGAAUAAUCAGCAGCCAUCGCUUAGUCGCAGUUCUUCAAGGAAGGCAGAGCAUUCUCCUUACAGGAGAAACCCAUUGAGUGAAAUCGAUCCAAAUUCCCUUGUGUAUGCACAAGCAACUGGCAAUAACAAAACUGCCUGUAUCAACAACAGCAAUAGCGGCAGCAGAGUACAAACCAGAAACAAAGAAAUUGAAGUACAAGCGGCGGCUCAAAUGCAGAAGACAAGUGCUGAGACAAACAACAGGUCAGUUGCUCAAGCGACUAAUUGCAGAGGAAGCACAAACGGAGUGAAAGAAGCACCAGUUAUUGUGGAUGAGGCUAAAGCACAGCAGCCAAUGAGCACGUUGGUUGCUGCCGGAGCUGAGUUGAAGCCUCAAACACUAACAAGAAGUAGGUCAGCCAGGAGAUCUCGAGACCUAGACUUCAAUCCUGAAACUUUGUUGAACCCCAACCCAUCAUAUACUGCGCUAUUGCUUGAAGACAUACAAAGUUUUCACCAAAAGAAUACCACCACCACCACCGCAACUCCUCCAUUUACAGUUCCACCAUGCGUCACCAAAGCCUGUUCCAUUCUUGAAGCAGUUGCUGAUCUCAACUCCACUACAAGCUCCAAUCUCUCAUGUGCAUUUGUUGAGGAUAGAAGAAGCCCUACCACCAUGGGAGCUAAUCCUGUUGUGAAGAAACAAUCAGAGGCAAAAGAUCCUUUUGUAGAAUCUGAAGUCCAAGUAAGCGAUGAUCUAAUGGAACCAAGUUUCCACAAGUAUGUGACAGUGAGAAGGGGAGGCACAAGAUGUGUAGAAGACAUGGAUGAACAAGAAUCCUCGGGCAGCAACAGCUUUGUGAGUGGUAGCCAACAACAGUGGGGAUAUUCAACCUCUUCAUGGGAACCAAACUCAGCUGAUUCAACUGAUCGUUGGACUUCAAGAUCAAAUACCAAAGAGGAGGAUGAGAAGAACCCAUCAGAACUUCAAAAGCAUGCUAUAUCUGAAUCAGGCCGUGGCAUGGAAGAGGCUAGGAGGGGAUUUAGUGGGCAGAGGACUGGAAUUGGGCGUGGAAGAUUUGGGACCAGUAAAAAUAUUCACUCAAAUCUGAUUGUUGCAGCUACUGCUUCAACAUAAAACUAAUGAUUAAUGGAUCAUCCAUCUGGGUUGUAAUUUUAAUUCCACUGAAUCUGUGGUUUCCAGUUGUAAACAUUUAGUUGUUGUUGGUGGUUGCAAACUUGCAACCUUUCUUUUCAUUUUUAUUUGAAGCCAUGAUCAUCUAAUCUAUUCAAAAGAGAUUUUUCUUCCU